CUCUGCUAUAUAUAUAGACACUUUCUUCUGCCUAUAAAUAUAGGAGAAGGACAGGUGUUUGCUAGCUGGAGCUGAGAAGUCUUUUUGCUGCUCCUACAGAGAAAAGAAGACUGCUGCUUUGAAAGAUGAUUUCCAGCUAUGAAAUUAUACGCAAAGGGAGAAAGCAAUUAAUUGAUAUACUUCAGAAGGACAUAGACUAUGUUUUAGAUGAGUUACGCUCAGAGAUUGUCAUCACAAAAGAAGAAUAUGAGGGCCUGGAGAAAUAUGAAGACUCAAAGAAAAAAAGUAGAGAAUUGCUCAUUCUGAUACAAGCAAAAGGAGAAGCCGCCUGUUGCCAGUUCCUGGAAUGCUUAGAAGUCACAUGUCCUGGUUCAAAUCAUGCCCUGCAAGUUCAAAAACACUGUUGCUCAGUCGGUGAAGAGGAAGGUGAAAUUCAGAAACACCCAGAGGAAGAGAAGAAAGAUCUUGAAAUCGGUUGUCCAAGUCAAGAGAAAGAAGAUGGUGUUCCGGAAGAAUUGGAGGAAGAGAAUAAACACCCCACCACAGGUUGCUCUGUCAGUGAAGAGGAAGGUGAAAUUCAGAAACACCCAGAGGAAGAGAAGAAAGAUCUUGAAAUAGGUUGUCCAAGUCAAGAGAAAGAAGAUGGUGUUCCGGAAGAAUUGGAGGAAGAGAAUCAACAUCCCAUCACAGGUUGUCCAAGUCAAGAGAAAGAAGCUGGUGUUCAGGAAGAAUUGGAGGAAGAGAAUAAACACCCCACCACAGGUUGCUCAGUCGGUGAAGAGGAAGGUGAAAUUCAGAAACACCCAGAGGAAGAGAAGAAAGAUCUUGAAAUCGAGAGAAGAAAAGCAGUUAUGGAUAUUCUGUGUGAAUUAAAUCUAGAAAAACAUGAAAACAAGGCACUCUCCCUCCAAGAAGUCCUGGAAAUCAAUACGGGGAGCCUGAAGGAAUUCACACCUCAAACCCGGGAAGAUUUGCCUUGGUAUUUCCUGAGGAAGAUAUUGGCUCUGAAUGUGACAGCCAGGAGCACCAGUUUCAAACAAGUUGUUUCUGAUGCAACAGCUUCAAACAGGUUGUUUCAAGUACUUAGACGAGAUGAGGGGAAUGAGAGGAUUGAUAAGGACUUUUUCUUUACUCUUGAAAUGGGUGAGAGUCAUUCUGUCAACCCCCUUGAUGUCCUUUGUGCUGUUCUGCUUUGUUCUGACAGUUUCCUCCAACAGGAGAUCCUUCUCAAAAUGUCCAUGUGCCAGUUUGCCCUGCCUUUGAUUCUGCCUCCCCUCAAGACCUCCAAGUGCACCCUGAUGCUCUGGGCCAUGAGGGACAUUGUGAAAAUAUGGAGGCCACAUUCCUUGGCUGAAAGCAGAGGAUUUUGGGAGGACAGCCUGGUACUGGCAUCCAUGCCGACUGUUUCUUUCGUACGGAUGGGGAACUGUAACCUAUCCAAGUCCAAAAUCCUCAACGAGUUCCUCAGCCCUUCCCAGCAGCAUAAUGAUUUCUUUCUACACCGAGAUAUGGAAAGUGGGAACGUCCCUCGGGAAAUUUCUGAUGGGCUUGUAGAGAUUGCCUGGUAUUUCCCAGGAGGACGGACGAACACAGAUCUCUUCCCAGAGCCAGUUGCUGUUGCAAAUCUCCGUGGAGAUGUUGAGUCUCACUGGGUGCAGUUCAGCUUUUUAACGCAGGUCUCCUCAGCUGUCUUCAUAUUUGCUGAAUGUAUUGGCGAGAGAGAAUAUACUCUCUUGUCGUCACUGAAGGACUUGUCAACUCAGUUCUACUUUAUCUUGGAAGAUCGCAGUAUAAAAUCUGAUUGUACCUUGGAAUUCUUAAAUAAACUGGCACCGGUUAUUAAACUUGACAAUUCACAUAUAUUGGCAAAGACUGCCACAACAAAUAAAGCAGUAUUUGUAGAACUCCUUCGAGCUGCAGUUGGAAAAAUAAUAGCCUCAAAUCCUAAGUGUGUAAGUGUUGAUAAGAUGUGUACAACGGCCCAUGAACUUACAAUCCAGGUGGAUGAAGACCACAAAGAAUGUCAGGAUGCCCUCAGAUGUGCCACAGAAAUUUCAGGAGAGAUAAAAGAUGUAGCAGCUUACAAGAAAGAAACAUUGAUACUCCAAGGUGAUCUCUGGAAAAAUCUGGCCAAAGUGGAGAAAGAACUAUGCAGAAUGGAAAGACAAGGGGACAUGCCUUCGGAAAAAUACAGAUCAGAAUUGAGAGGCAAAUGGUUGGAAUUGCGUAGGCAGCAGAGUCAAUGUGAUCUCCCCAUUGGUUUGAUUAAUUUCAUCAAGGGCAUAAAACAUUUGAAGGAUGCAGAGAGGAAUUACUUCUUGAAAUGGAUGAAGUUCAACCUGGACCAUAUUGCUAGGGGAAAUCUUUCCAAGUUGCGUGCUGACUAUAAAGAGAAAUGCAAGAAGUUGGGAGAUGAUGGGCAGAAAGUUGCAGAGGUAGACCAGUUGAUAUCGUCCUCUUCCUUGGGAGUUGAGCAUUUCAUGCGUGAGCUUGGGCAGAUUUAUGAGGCAGAAUACUCCAUGGUUAAAGAGGGCAAAAUAGCUGAAAACAAAAGGCAGUUUGCCCAUUUCCCAAGCAUUGCAGCUGAACUAUUGCUUGAAGGGCUUCCCAUAGAGCUCAUUGAUGGUGAUGCAUCCAACAUCCCCUUGCAGUGGAUAACUGAUGUUCUGAAUAAACUCAAUAUCAAACUUAGGGGGAAAUCUAAGAUGAUGGUGAUAACCGUUCUGGGGGUGCAAAGCACUGGGAAAUCCACUCUUCUGAAUACCAUGUUUGGCCUGCAGUUUGCUGUCAGCAGUGGGCGGUGCACACGAGGUGCCUUCAUGACGCUUCUUAACGUCAGAGAGAAUUUGGCUCAGGAUCUUGGCUGUGACUUCAUCCUGGUGAUAGACACAGAGGGCUUGAAAGCCCCUGAACUGGCCAAACUGGAAGACAGCUAUCAGCAUGACAAUGAGUUGGCCACUCUAGUGAUUGGGCUGAGCGACAUCACCAUUGUCAACAUGGCCAUGGAGAAUGCCACCGAAAUGAAGGAUAUCCUGCAAAUUGUGACCCAUGCCUUCCUCAGGAUGGAGGGGAUUGGGCAAAAACCCAACUGCCAGUUUGUUCAUCAGAACGUCAGUGACAUUUCUGCACAUGACCAGAACAUGAGGGACAGGAAGCACCUUUUGGAACAGCUGAAUGAAAUGACCCAGGCUGCAGCAAAAAUGGAAAAACUCAAUAGGGAUAUCAAGUUUUCAGACAUCAUGGACUAUGACCCAGAAAUGCACAAUUGGUACAUCCCAGGUCUUUGGCAUGGAGUCCCACCCAUGGCCCCAGUUAAUAUGGGAUAUAGUGAAAAAGUCCUUGAAUUAAAGAAGUACCUAUUUGAAUUCAUAAAGAACCGCUCAUGUAAAAUACCUCCCAAGGACAUCCCUCAGUUUAUUGAAUGGGUGAAAAGUCUCUGGAAUGCUGUGAAACACAAGAACUUUAUCUUUAGCUUCCAAAAUAGUCUUAUAGCUGAAGCAUACAACAACCUCUCCAUUAAAUAUUCUGAAUGGGACAGGGAUUUCCGCAGAGAGAUGCACCUCUGGGUAUCUGAGCAGGAAACUCUGAUUCAGAAUGUGUCACCUGAUAAAAUUGCUUUCAAUAAUUUGAAAUGUGAACUUCAAAAGAAACUAUUGUGUGGGGAAGAGCAGAUUUUGGAGAGUUUGAAUAAAUACUUCGGGAGCGAAGCAGCAAAUCUGCAUCUGGUAGAAAAGUACAAGGAGGAUUUUGUCAGGAGUGCCCACAGCCUCAAGCGUGAACUUGAAAAUUAUUCUUCUAACAAACUGCAAGAUGCCAUUCAGAUUAGAAAGAGUCUACACAAAACUGAUGCUCUUCAAGCAGAAUACAAGAAAACAAUUGAAGGAAAGGUUGAUAGGCUACUUGAAAAAUGCAGAGGCAAUAAGCAGAAAUUACAAGAAAAAGAAUUAGAAACAGAGUUUGAUAAAAUGUGGAGAGAAACCUUGUUGGAAAUACCACCCAUUUACUUAGAGAAACGUGAAAUAUAUGCAGAAGUCGAGUCAUAUCUGAGAAAGAAUUUCUGCGCUCAUUUGAAACUAUACACACAAAAAUUAGCAGGAAAAAGAGGGUUGUUAAAUUGCAGAAUACAGACUUUUGAAAUUAAAAAUGACCAUGUACAAUCACGAUUUUGGAAACGUAUGAGUCCUUGGAAUUCUCAAAUGGAUUAUAUGCAUAUAAUAAAAGUUUUUGCUAACUCCUUGUUGUCCAAAUGCACUUCAUAUAUUGCUGAAAAGCUCAAUUCUAAAGGAGAUUAUUAUGAAACCUACUGCAUUGACCUUUUGUGUAUGAUCAAUGAGAAGCUUCAACAGCCUGAUGUUCAAAAGCUUCAUACAACCCCUAGCUUUGAAGUGGACCUUAAGCUCCACAUCUUGGGAGAAGCAGCUCAUGCAUUUCAAAUGAGACACGAAGAAUUUGUUAAGGAAAAUGAUCCUCACAUACGCCUGGGAAAACUGAAACCCCACUAUUUUGCAAUUUUCAGAGAUCUUUAUCAGGAAAAAGAUGCCCAACAAACCCAAGCUAAAGAUUUCUGUGAAAUGUGUCUCUAUCCUGCUAUAGUGAAUUAUGUCAACAAUAGACUUGGGGUGGAAAUAGUGGACAACUUUCACAAUAGUGAGCAGUCCAUUGACUUUGGGUCCCGGAGUUUAUUCCAGUUUACUAUCCUGAAAUAUCUGUUGAAUGAAUGGAAUUUUGACCAAUAUGUUGAAUACAUCACAACCUAUGAAAAGUUUGUCAAGAGUUGGAUAUUGAAAAGAAUGGUGGAUUACUAUACAAAAAAUGAGGAUCUGAAGAAUCUGGAGGAAAACAUUUUCUCUGCAAUACUAGACAGAAUUAGAAAAACAUUGAACAAGCUGAGGCAUCAAGAUGCUGAGACAAUCUCAAAAUUUGUGGAGGAUUUUUCCCAAGAAAUGCAGAAGGAGUUAGUCAUUCCUAAGGAUAGUUUAGUGGGGAUACACAUGAAACAGGCAUUUGAUCCUGACCAGUUUUUUGCUUUUGUUGAAAGCUUCCUUCCUAAUUUGCAAGAACAAAUAUUAAGCAGAUUUAGAGACUUGGAUAUCAAAUCCAAACUCUCCAAACUGCCUGUGAAGCCCCAAGAUGAGAUCUUCAAGCAAAUGUUUGGCUGUGGGAAGCAGUGUCCUUUCUGCAAAGUCCCCUGUGAAGCUGGAGGGAGUGCUCAUCAAGAGCAUUUUGCAACUGUCCAUCGGCCUAAAGGACUGGGAGAGUACAGAGAAAUAGUGUCCAAAAAGCUUGUUUAUGAUAUCUGUUCCACUGCUGUGGCAUCAAACGCUCACUUCAGAAAUCAGGACACAAAUUGGGAACUCUAUCCAUACAAAGAUUAUCGUGCAUAUUAUCCAGACUGGUGCAUACAACCAGAUCCCAGUAUCAAUGCUUCUGAUUACUGGAAGUACGUUUUCAAAAUGUUCAAUGAUGACUUUGCCAGAGAAUACAAUUCUAAACCAGCCGAUCUGCCAGAGGACUGGGGAAAUAUAACCAAAGAGCAGGCACUGCAGGCCUUAAAAGAGAGAUACAAGUUGCAACCAACCCUGUCAUCAGAAUGCCUGCCUUAAAGUCCUGGAAACAAAAGUUUCAAACAAGUUUUUGCAUUCACAGAUUGCAUCCAUUUUUAUUAAAUAAAUGUGUGCCAUUUUUGUAUGAAAAUCUCAGUCGUUCUGCACAGCUGCCAAACAUAAUGUGACUGUGCAUAAUAUGGCAAGGUUACAUGUUAAAAUUAGUAAAACAAUGGUGUGUUUUCAUUUUUUCAGAUUAUGGUAAAAGUGUAAAUGCCUUGAGUUAAAGUAGUCAUACAGUCAGUAGCCAUACUCAUUCUUAGUUGUCUAUAACCACUUAAUUAUGUGAUAUAUGUGCUCCAUCAUAUUAUAGAUUACAUACAUACAGUGGUACCUUGGUUCUCAAAUGCUUCGGUUCCCAAACACCAAAAACCCAGAACUGUUCCUUUAAAAAAAAAAUCAUUGUAUUAGAAAGAAAUUAAAAACAAUUGGCAAACAUGCAUACUAUUAACAUACAUACAAUUAACAUACAUACCUCUUUCUUCUUACAUAUCUCAUCUUACAUACAAAAUUCAAAUACAUAACUAUAAUCAAAAUCCCAAUCAUCUUCAUCACCCUCCACUACCCACCACCCACCACUUGUGCUAGACUUCCAAUCACCUAAUCCAUAGUAUAUAUUUCUUUCCUUUGUACCUCUUGCAUAUUGUUUCCUUUAUACAUACAUCUUAUAUUCUUUUAAAUCAAUAUUUCAUUUCAUCUUACUUCAAUUAUUAUAUCAUGUUAUUUUAUUUUCAUCCUCUAAUUUCUUAUCCUCCUAGUUUCUGAUUUCAGGACUUCUCUUAAUCUGUUGUCAAAUCUGCUUUAAUUUAAUAUAAUAUAAUUUUUAAGACAUUCCUUGAAUUUUUCCAUUCUUUUUCUGUUUUUUCCUUCGAGACCCUUCCAAUGUCUCCCAUUAAUCUUAUCACAUUCUGGUAUUCUAUUAAUUUUGCUAACCAUUCAAAUUUUGAUGGUAUUUGGGUGCUCUUCCAGGUUUUUUUGCUAUUAAUAGCCUUGCGGCUACUGUUAUAUACCGGAACUGUUCCAGUUUUCAACUGUUUUUCAAAGCCGAAUGUCCAACUAUUGUUUCUGGGGCAACUGCACCAAUCAGAAGCCACGCCUUGGUUUUUGAACAUUUAGGAAGUCAAACGGACUUCCGGAAUGGAUUAAGUUAAACAUUAGGAUUAAGUUAAACACCUAAACAUUAGGAAGAACUUCCUGACAGUAAGAGCUGUUCGGCAGUGGAAUUUGCUACCAAGGAGUGUGGUGGAGUCUCCUUCUUUGGAGAUCUUUAAGCAGAGGCUUGACAGGCAUAUGCCAAGAAUGCUUUGAUGGUGUUUCCUGCUCGGCAGGGGGUUGGACUGGAUGGCCCUUGUGGUCUCUUCCAACUCUAUGAUUCUAAGUUCGAGAACCAAGGUUACCACUGUAUUGUUCAUUCUCUAGCCUUUUUAAUGAGGGGUCAUAGUGAGGGACUUUUUUACUCUAGCUUAUUCCCAGAACAAACAUAGUUGGUCUCUAAGGUGCUACUGGACAAUUUUUAAAUUUUUAAAUUUGUAUCCAUGAUUAUUGGCUGCCCCCAUAUUUUGUAAUCCACAGCCUAAAGCAGCACAUAUAUUUGUCGUCUUUCCUUCCCAUGUAAUAAACCAAUCU